UUUCCUUCCGUCUGCUUAAAGAAAAUGGCUCGCACUCUCAAAAACCCUAAAAAGGCCAAGAGAAAAAGCAAGGGCUCGAAGAAAGGAGAUGGAGCAUCAACUUCAUCGGUGCCAACGAUUCAGCCCAGAGUUUGGCAACCUGGAGUUGACGAAUUAGAGGAAGGAGAAGAACUUCAGUGUGACCCUUCUGCUUACAAUGCUCUUCAUGCUUUUCAUAUUGGAUGGCCUUGUUUGAGCUUUGAUAUUGUUCACGAUUCGUUGGGUUCGGACCGGAAAGAUUUUCCACAUACCGUCUAUUUUGUCGCUGGGACUCAGGCAGAGAAAGCUUCUUGGAAUUCAAUUGGAGUGUUCAAAGUUCGUAAUAUUUCGGGGAAAAGACGUGAACUGGUUCCUACCAAAUCUUCAGAGAAUGAGCUUGAUAUGGAUGGUGAAAGUAGUGAUAGCGAGGAUAGUGAAGAUGAAAAAGAAGGUGGAGCCGGCUCACCUGUCUUACAGUUGCGGAAGGUAGCUCACCAUGGAUGUGUUAAUCGCAUCCGUGCCAUGGCACAAAAUCCUCACAUAUGUGCAUCUUGGGCUGAUAGUGGCCAUGUUCAGGUAUGGGACUUCACUGCUCAUCUGAAUGCUUUGGCAGAGUCGGAAACAGAAGGUACACAGGGAAGUUCUUCUGUUUUUAAUCAGGCUCCAUUAGUUAACUUCCGUGGCCACAAAGACGAAGGCUAUGCAAUUGAUUGGAGUCCUGUUGUUGCUGGAAGACUUGUAACUGGGGACUGCAAGAACUGUAUCCACUUGUGGGAGCCUACAUCUGAUUCAACAUGGAAUGUCGAUGCUACUCCAUUCGUUGGACACUCUGCAAGUGUCGAAGACCUACAAUGGAGUCCGACAGAACCUCAUGCAUUUGUCUCCUGUUCAGUUGAUGGGACUAUCGCAAUUUGGGAUAUCCGUAUAGGAAAGUCACCGGCAGCUUCUUUUAAGGCACAUGAUGCGGAUGUGAAUGUCAUCUCAUGGAACAGGCAGGCUAGUUGUAUGUUAGCAUCGGGAAGUGACGAUGGAACAUUUUCAAUCCACGAUUUUAGGUUGCUCAAGGAUGGCAAUACCGUGGUAGCUCAUUUCAAGUAUCAUAAAUACCCAGUGACAUCCAUUGAGUGGAGCCCACAUGAAGCCUCCACUUUGGCAGUUUCAUCAUCCGAUAAUCAGUUAACAAUAUGGGAUCUUUCAUUAGAAAAAGACGAAGAAGAGGAAGCGGAGUUCAAAGCUCAAACAAGUGAGCAAGUAAAUGCUCCGGAAGAUUUACCUCCGCAACUUCUUUUUGUUCAUCAGGGGCAGAAGGACUUGAAAGAACUUCAUUGGCAUGCUCAGAUUCCAGGAAUGAUUGUAUCAACUGCGGCUGAUGGUUUCAACAUCCUGAUGCCUUCAAAUAUACAGAGUACUCUCCCAUCCAAUGGCUCUUGAAUCAACGUCUAAUCCGAAGCAUAUGUGAAAUUUGGAGUAUGAGCAUUUUUUUUCCUUGAUAAGUUCAGUAUGCUCUGAAUAUUUAUUUUGUUUUGUCAUGUGAAGAAAUAAUCAUGUGUUAAUUUUGGGCAACUGUUGAUUGAAACG